AGCUUCACCGGUGAUCUAGUCAAAAUCUCCACCCAAAUCGUGCGGCGUUGAAUAUUUUGUAUUCUUACCAGAAAUUUGAUGAAAUUUAUGAAACGAAAUUGCAUUUAAAGGGUGAAAGAUGAUGAGAAAUCGUGGUGCACGUGUUGCUGCAAUGAAUGCAGGUUCUGGUCUGCUGGGUGAGGGGCCAGGAAUGGGUGCUGGCAUGAAGAGGAUGAUGGCAGGAGUAGGCACUGGUGGCUUGCUUGGUAAUGCUCCAAACAGUAACAGAGUACAACAACCAAGGGCACUGCUGGACAGACCUGACCUAGGCGGUGGCAUGAGGGAACAACAAAAUAUGCGAGGGGGGCUUUUAGAACGGCCAGAUAUAAGGGAGAGACAAGGAUACAACCAAGGGGGUAGAAUGGAACAGCAGGCUGAUCCAGGUUACUAUGAUGAGACAAGAGGGGGAUACAUGGAACAGCAGGCAGCAUAUGGACAGGAAUAUGAGGACCCUAAUGCUGGUGUAUAUGACCAAGGCAGCCAAGACCAGUAUGGCCAAGAACAAUAUGAUAGUCAGGACGGGGGCUAUGGAUAUAACUACAACAACAACCAGCAGGCACCUGAUUUGUAUCAGAAUCAAGCCACUAAUCAGAGAGGGCUGUUAGAAGAACCUCGUGUUAGAGGAAGUUUGAUGGGUCAGCCGCAAAGAUUGCACGAGGAGCCAGCUUUUAGGCAUGAGGAACGAGGUAUGAUACAUGAGGAAAGAGGUAUAAGGCAUGAGGAACGGGGUUUGAGGCAACAGGACCAUGGAAUAAGGCAAAGGCAGACUGGAGGGUAUGAGGACAGAGGUCUGUUAGAGGCACCUGCAGAACAGAGAGGUUUGUUAAGGAGGCCUGAUGAGCAGCGAAGUAUUAUGCAGCAGACAAGGGAUCAGCAGGGUCAGGCAAAUAGGCAUCGUGGUCUUCUGGACCAGCCAAGAGAGCAACAUGGACUUCUUGAUCUGCCAGGGGAUCUUGGUUUUGACUCAGCACGUGAACAACACGGUCACAUGGAAAGACCACGGUUUGAUACACAUGCCGAGCAACAUGGUAUGCUAGAUUAUCCAAGAGAUAGGCAACGGGGUCUGAUGGAGCCGCCAAGUCUUAUAGAAAUGUCUGAGCCCCCAAGGCCUCCGAUAUCUUUAAUGGACGUCCGGAAUGAACCUAGAGGUUUGAUGGACACACCAGUAGAGCCAAGGGGACUGAUGGACAUUGGUAGAGAGCCCAAAAGUCUCAUGGACAAUCCCAUGAGUCAGAGAGGCCUGAUGGAUCCUCCAAGAGAAAACAGAGGAGCAAGGGAUCAGAGGGGCUUGCUUGACUUUCCGAGGGAGCAGAGGGGCCAGGUGUCUCCAAAACAGCAAAAGGGAAUGAACAGACCGAGGACGAAGCAGAGCGAGUUGAUGGAGAAAGCGGAUCUACAGAUGAAGUUGCUGCAACAAGAGAAGAUUAGAGAAAUGGAACAGAUGGAAUUGUUGAAGCAGCAACAACAGGCCUUGCUGAUGCAGCAUCAGCAGCAACAUCUGCAUCAGAUGCAGCAACAGCAAGAGAUACAGCAACAGUUGCAGAUUAAACAACAGAUGCAGCAGGCAGAAAUGAUCAUGAAUGCAAACAAGGGUCAGCCAAGAAGUGGAAGUAUACCGUCACUGCUUGACAUGCCAACCAGGGGGAAAACCACCCUAGGGAAACGACCAAAUGCCCCAGUCCGCUCCCCAGUCCGAGCAUCUGAUAAUAAAAGAGCGAGAAUAGGGCCUGCAGAUCGGAGAGACAGACGGUCGUCACAACCGGGGAGAAAAGACACGCCGAGAGACCGCUCAGGUGGUCGUCGAAACGAUAGAAACAGACGGGGAAGAAAACUAUCCAGGAACUCUUCCCCUGAUAAUAAGAAACGAGACAGAAAAGAUUCAGGCUCUAGAAGUUCCAGCAGCAAGAAGACAACACCGAGUAAGGACAGGGGGGACAGAGGGAAAGAAAGAAAGAAUGACAGAGGAAAGGACAAAAAUGAAAAGGAGAAGAAAGCAAAGGAGGAGAAAGACAAGUCUAAAGACCUACCAAAGACUGAAGUUACUGUUACUAUGGCUGAGGAGUACGAUCCUGCUGAACCAACGGAGGAUGUAGAGAUUAAGGAAGAGGAUAAAAAGGAAGACAGCUCAGCGGCAGAAAAGAUGGAUGUUGGAGAGACAGAUGAGAAGAAAGAGGAUAAACAGAAGGAGGGAGAGAAGGAUGGAGAGAAACAGAAGGAAAUCAGUCUUACAGUUACGGUGAACAAGAAGGGACGCUCAGUCAAUGAUGCAGAUAAAAAAGAUGAGAAGAAGCUGAGUAAAGAGAAAAUGUACAAAUGUAAUGUCUGUUCUGUGGAAUGCUAUAAUGAAGAGAGUUUUGCCCGUCACAUGAAUGGGAAGAAACAUAGUGAGAAGAUGAAGAUUGUAAUGUCCUCUACGAGUCAGCAACAGGUGUUGAUCAAGUCACGACUACAGGCGGAGGAACAUCUAAGACAAAUUGAGGGCCAGAAACGAUCUGGUAGAUCGUCUUCCACAGGACCAAUGGGAAGUGCUGGACCGAAGGGGAAGGCUUUGGAGAGCCAGUGUAAGGUGUGUGAGAAGACUUUCACUGGAGCAUACAAGGAUCACAAGGAGUCACCAGAUCAUAAGGCUCGAGAGGAUCGCAGCAAGGCUGGCUGUAAAACCUGUAAGGUGUCCACUUUCAAUACCUAUCAGGACUAUGUGAAACAUCUCCGGAGUGCAUGGCACCUCAAGAAAAUGAAGCAAGACUCAUGGCCUGAGUGUAAAUUAUGUGAUCAGAAGUUUAAAUCUCCAAGGAAGUUUGUACAGCAUUGUAAAACUGACCAUCAUAUUCAGAACAGGAAGAAACUAAACUCCGAGGAUGACGAGGAAGAUCUGACAGAACUGGUUACCUUGGAUGCUGUAGGAUUUGAGGACGAUGCGAAUGCUGAGAGAAAAGAGAAAGAUACAGAUGCAGAGUCUUCCCUCUUUGUGAAGCCAUUGCCUGUGAGUACCUCAACUCCAAAACCUUCUGCGAAGGCUGAUGUGAUUACGCCAGUGAAAAGUGAAGAAGAAGACACAUUUGUACCAGAAACGUAUGAUCCUAGUUUGACUGUUGGUCAGAAAUAUGUUGUUCCAGUGUCCGGCUUCUUCUGUAAACUUUGCCAUAAAUUCUACAAUAACGAGGUAGCAGCCAAAGUUACCCACUGUCAGUCCGAAACUCACUUUGAUAAACUGAAGAAAGCAAUAGUUGCAAAACGUGCAAAAGCAGAAGAGAAAGCAAAGAAGAUGGAAAUAAGUCAGCCUCAGUUUGAGGCUGGGACACAGUCUGAGGAGAAAAAUAUGGAUACCAGUCAGAAGAGUCCAGUUGAGAAUGGUAGCCAGUCUAGUGAUGAUGGAGCAAACAUGGAGGAGCAGUCGGCGUAUGAAACUGCAGAUGAACAUCAGGAUAGCACUGUUGAUGCUGGAGAGGUUUCAAAAGACGUCAUUGAUCUCUCAAAGGACAAGGAUGAAAGUAUAACUAUUGAAGAUGAUGAAGAGGAAAGCACUAUCAAUGAGGAUGAAGAAGAAGAUGACAAAAAUGGCUCAGGAGUUGUAGUAAAGGAGCAGAGAGCUAGACGCGGGGGUGGAGCUGCACGGGGAUCUUCAUGUGCACGACGUGGAAGAAAUUAAAUUUAGUACAUUUCGGGCAAAUAGUAUAACUUUUUAAAACAAUUAGGUGACAAACAAGAGAUCACUUUGGAAAAUUUUACAUUGUGUUAAGAAGUCAGGUGUGACUUGGUAUUGACAAAAUUUUUGGUGACAUUUGAAUAUGGUGUUGAAUGUUGGGUUUUUAGCUGGUAACCUGAGAAACAGUGUGUAUAGCUCGUGUUAGAUUUAGUUUCUGUUGGGAAUAAGUGGAGAACACUUAAAUUGGAAUCUGUUGUAUAUUUGUACAUGAUGCAUAGUAAACUGUUGUUUUUGAUAACUGGCAGACAAUGAGUUGUACCAACAUGUUUUGCAUAAUUUGGAAGAAGCAGUAUGUGUAUAGCUGGAUCACAAAGGGGAUCAUACUAAAUAGUGACUAGUUAGCAUUAUAAACUAGUUGAAGAAUUUCAUUAUUUUUUCAGUCGGUUUAUAACUUAUGUCUGAAAGCGUAUCAGCUGAAAUUUCUUACUUAUUCUCUUCACAGAUAAUAACAAAUAAAUAUUAUUCUGCAAGAAUACUUUAUAACAGAAAAUAAUAACUGUAUGGAUAGAAUUAUAUAUGCUGGUAAAAUUUCUAUAGUGUGUACGAAAUUUCUUGAAGUACAUGUCUGUAGAAGAAUAAGGGAAAAAUUGUUAUGUGAGCUUAAAUUUAACAUUUAAUGGUACUUGUAUCUAUACCAUAGAUCUGUUAAUUGUUGCUUAGUAAAAGAAUUUUGGAAACAGAAUGUAAGGGGAAAAAAAAGAAGAAUUU